AUGGCUAGGGGCAUUAUGGGGAAAUGGAAGCAGGUGCAGGCAGUAAUAUGUGACCAGCGAAGCCCUAAUGUGAAGGCUGUGCGUAACCUUGGGGCUAGCCUGGACCCUCUGGGAGGUGAGGAGUCCCACUGUAUCCUGGUGGGGGUUCAGAGGGUUCCUGUGAUUUUUGAUGUCCCUCACCUUCUGAAAUCAAUCAGGAACAACCUGUUCAAACAUGCCCUACAGACACAAGGAAAAACGGUUCUUUGGAAGCACAUCAGCCAAUUCUAUGAGCUGGACAAGCUCCACACUAUUCGCAUGGCCCCGAAGCUUACUGAUAAGCACAUUCUGCUGCCAGCAUUUUCCAAGAUGCGUGUCAGUUUGGCUGCACAGGUGUUCAGCCACACUGUCUCUGCUGGCAUUUCUGCGAUGGUAACAUUGCAGAGACUGCCAGCAGAGGCAAAAGAUACAGCUGACUGUGUAGCCAAAUUAAAUCACCUUUUUGAUGUGCUAAAUUCCAGAUCAGUCAAGGAUUCUAACCCCUGGCGACGACCCCUAGGCUCCGUGAACCAGGGGCCGGUUGCACCAACUGGGCGUAAGCCUGGUCGUAACUACGCCUGGUCGUAACUUGGCG